GGCCCCGCCCCUUCUCCCUGUCGGUUCCCUCCUCCCCGCCCCCUCGCCUCUGGCUCCUCCCCCUUUUCCGUGUCGCGUACCUCCCGUGCAGCCCCGCAACCUCUCCUCUGGCUCCUCCUCUUCUUCCCUACCACGAUCAUCCUUCCGGACCCGGACCCCAGCCCACCUCUGGCUCCUUCCCGUCUUUCCUGCCGCGCUCCACCUUCCCGACACCGCCCCUCCGCCUCUAGCUCCUCCCGUUCUCUCCUGCUGCACUUCUCCUUCACGACCCCGCCUCCCCACCUCUGGCCCCUCCCCUUCUCUCCUGCCGCGCUCCUCCUUUCCGACCCCGCCCCCCGCCUUUGGCACCUCCCCCACUCCUGCCGCGCUCCUCCUUCCCGGGCCCGCCCCCCUGGCCGCCUCUGGCUCCUCCCCUUCCCGCCUGUCGGGCCCUGGCAGGAAGAGGUGGUGCAAGGGCCGUUGCUAGGAUACAACCAGCAACUGAGAAUGCGGCGAGUGUUGAAGCUGCUUCUUAGGAGCCUGGGAAAGCACUUCGACGAGAAUAGUUGCGUUUCGUACACAGGAAAAUGUCUAAUCAGCCCAAGAAGUAUGAAGCUCAGAAUAUAGCCAAUUCAACAGAAGAAAGUGAUGCUUUUGACAUUGUCACUAUUCCAGUUCCCUCAGAAGAGCCUCAAGAGUCAGAUCAAACUGAAGAGCAUGAAUCUGGGAUAGAACAAUUCAGUGAGAGCCAUGCAAUACAUGUUGAGGAGCAGAGUGACCAACGCUUUUCAAGCCUGGAACCAGACAAUGAACAACUCAUGAAAGAGGUUAUAUCACCAAGACAAGUUUCAUAUACUUCACAACAUCAUGAAAAGCAAUAUGCAAUGCAGAGUCCAAAUGAUGAUAGUUUGGCAUUUCUGGAUAAAAUAAAGGCUAUAAAGGAGUCUUUGCAAGAAUCAGUGGAAGAUUCUCUAGCAACAGUAAAAGUUGUACUUAUUCCAGUGGGCCAGGAAAUUGUAAUAUCUUUUAAGGUUGAUAUCAUUCUUAAACAUCUCAAGGACCAUUUUUCACACUUAUUAGGUAUCCCACUUUCUGUACUGCAGAUAAGAUACUCAGGAAAAAUUCUUAAAACUAAUGAGACUCUAGUACAACAUGGAGUUAAGCCACAGGAAAUUAUACAAGUGGAAAUCUUUUCUACAAAUCCAGAUCUGUAUCCAGUCAAAAGAAUAGAUGGAUUAACUGAUGUCUCUCAAAUCAUAACUGUCACUGUCCAAACUGGCCUUGAUCGAUACCAGCAGGUAGCUGUUGAGAUUGUCAAAUCUGACUUUCACAAACCAUUUCUUGGUGGAUUCAGACAUAAAAUAACAGGAGUAGAGUAUCACCAUGCUGGAACACAAACUGUACCUAAAAAGAUUCCCGAAAGACUCAGUGUAUUUUGUAGGGAUACACAGACAGUUUUUCAGAAAAAAAAUCUCCAACAAACUACAAAUACAACAUCCACACAGAUGACUAACAUUGGUGUCUAUGUAUCAAAUAUGACUGAUAAACUGGUAACACCAGGAAAGUACUUUUCAGCAGCAGAAUACCAUGCUCAAAGAUUAAAGGCGGUGAUAGUGAUACAGACUUACUACAGGCAAUGGCAUGCUAAAAUCUUUGUAGAGAAUUUAAGAAGACAGAAAAGCUUAAGGUUGGAAUGGGAAACACAGCAAGAACUAAGGAAGAUAAGAGAAAAAGAAGAAUGGAUAAAAUUGGACUAUCACCGGAGGCAUAAUCCUAAAACAAAUGAAGAUUUUGAAUUUCUUUAUAAUGCAUUAGAAUUCUGGCGGCAAGAAGAACUUACACGUAUUAACCAAUCUUUCACUGGAGCUGAAAGGAAAGCUGCUCUGUGUGAACUUCUGGAAAAAGAGACUCAGAUAAUUGCUUCUAUUGGGAGACAUAGAUACACUGCUUACAUGGCGAAUCAGGAAGCAGCAAUACAAGCUUUUUUGGAUAAGGUCCCUCAAGACCCAUUGAAAUUUUAUAAAAAGAUUUACUUUUGCCACAGUUGCCAGCUUUAUUUGCCUUCUACAGAGUUUUCUAUAUCAUCCACCUCACGCCACAUAUACCGGUGUCGUAACUGCAUUAGCCUUGAGAAUGAGGCUCAAAAACGAGAAUCAUUUUUGAAGUACAAAUGUUUACUUCAACAGCUCUACUUUACAGAAGCUGAUUAUGAAGAUGAUUCUAAAAUUGCUUUCUUGAUGCAGCUACAAGACAUUCAGUACCUGACAGAGAACAUCUGGGCAUCCCAGUCUGUGCUCAGUGCCUGGGAUGAUCUCAGUGAUCUGGUCAUGGUCAGAUGGAAUAAAUCCCUGGAGUGGUCCCCCUGGAACUGUAUUCUUCUUACCAAAGAUGAAGCGGCUGCUCAUCUCAACCUCACAAGUAUUGAAGAGGGAUAUGAACGCUCAUUUAUUCACAAGAUCAAACACAAACAUAUCCUGGCUAAGAACUAUUUUUCUCAGAUUCCAGUGCUGGCUUCAUUUAUACUUGAUGAUGGUGAAAUUGAUGAGAUCAGAUGGAAACAUCACUCAGACACAACACCUAAGAUUAUAGAAUCCCAGAGACCUCUUUCUUAGGUGAUCCAGGAGUAUUUGUUUGAUGAUCGGCAUUUUGUUCACUGCUUAUCGGGUAAUACAGAGGUCACAGAGUAUGGAAAUGGAAUUUAAUCUGUUUAUUGAUUUUGUUUUGUGUUUUUCAUAAGUAUUUUGAGUUAUAUAAAGAGAAAACAUUUCUAUAUAAGUAUAUUGUUAGGAAGUUAGUGCUAAAUUGAAAUGCAAUUUUGUUACUGAAAUUAAUAUUUUGGAGUAAAGAAAACAUUUUAAAAUGUGUUUUCACAUUAAAUUUUUUAAAAAAUUUCAAGUAUAUUAGAGUUAAAACCUAACAACCAAAUACAAACUAGACAACUUUCAAGUUAUUUAUUAAAAUGUAGUUGUAGGAAGCUAAUCAGUAUGUGGAGGGGAGGAAACAUUAUAAAAUGCUGUUUCUUGAAAAUUUCUAUA